AUGACCACAAAAGGUGGAAUAAGUAGUCCUAAACCUUCUGGAUCCACAAAGUCCACAUCACCUCUUUCAAGUACAACUGGGAAGGAUAACCUUACAGACAUUACAAGAAAUCCUGUGACUGUUUCUGUAUCUAGCUCCGUUAUUCCACCUUUUGUAACUACACUAAAACCUCCUGUCAUCACAGGUAAUUCUGGAUCCACAAAGUCCACGUCACCUCUUUCAAGUACAACUGGGAAGGAUAACCUUACAGACAUUACAAGAAAUCCUGUGACUGUUUCUGUAUCUGGUUCAGUUAUUCCACCUUUUGUAACUACACUAAAACCUCCUGUCAUCCCAGGUAAUUCUACACAGUUUCUGACCACAAAUUCUCCUGUAACAGAGAGAAGCCAACGAACAGUGGAAUCCAUCAAGACCUCAAGCCCCACCACCACUCAAGCACCUCCUCAGUCUGGAGCUUCCAAACCUACCCCACCAGGCAAUUUUGCAACAACUGGUGGGAGUGUCCAGUCAUCAACCUCUUCCAAAAUUGUAAUCACGAAGACUCCCACUACAAGCUCAGUACCAGAUGGUGAUAGACAGUCUACUACUCCCUUACCUGGAAUCACUAAGCCUUCCCCAACAGGUAUUUCUACAACAAAAAGUGACUAUGUUUUUUCUGCUUCAUUAUCUUCCCCAACUGCAACAAACACACUUUCUGUAGCAAAUACUUUUGCAACCAGCCUUACAUCUAAGUCUAGUAGAUCAACUUCUUCUACUUCAACUUCAACUUCUAUGUUUUCUACAAAGCCUAUUAUUGAAGAGGAAACAACUCCAUCAGUAAAUAACCCAGGAGAACCUGGCAGACCUUCAAUGUCUCCCACAACUAAUUCAGAAGGUAGAGUCUAUGUUAUUAAGUGUACAUUGAGGGGUCAUAGUAAAUCAUGCAUAUAG